AUGUCUGCAUUUGAAGAUUAUUGUAUUGUCUGCGAAAAGGUCUCGCAAGAGGGUUCUGCCUACUGUUCCCAAGCUUGCAAACUCCUGGAUUUGGAUCAUUCAAUGUCCCCAACAGCUUCUCUCUCCUCAUGCUCAAUUCACAAUCUCCCCUGUGUGAAGGACUCCUUUUCCCUAACUCACUCUCAUAGUCACUCCCAGCACCAACUGCAACUACAGCAGCACCAGCAACACCAGCAACAACAGCAACAACAGCAACAACAACAACAACUACAACUACAGCAUCAGCAGCAGCCCCUCUUGUCCCCAUUGUUGACGCCCCAAAUAGCCCCAAGACUCUCUGUGGCUGAAUCACUCAAAUCGCCUACUUUGACGUACACUUCCCCACUCUUGCAUUCAACUUCAUUACAUUGCUCAAAUGAUUUGGACUCAAAUCACUUGGAUUUAAAUUCAACUUCAAUUUCUCAACGUCUCUCUCUCUCUCAUUCUCUGGGUACAUCUAACCCUGUCAUUAAUGUGGGGAACCUCCUACAUAGCUCCUCGGAAAACUACAAGAAGUGGCUUUCCACCCACUAA